AAGAGGAAGAAGCAGAGUCUAGUACUUUCUGUGCUGGUACGCCAACUUACAAAAGAGUCCACGAAAACCACCACCUAUCUUUUGUAAUCUCAUUCUUUACUUCCCUUUUCCUGCUUUCCAAGUUAUAUUCCUAUUUCAUAAUUUCCUCAAAUCCUUUUCUUCUUCUGAUUCCCAAAUUACUUUAUUCCCUAAUUUUUAAUUCCAGAAUCCCAUCAGUUUUCGCUAAUUCUAAAUUUCUAAUCCCUCCUAAUCCAUCCUUAUAUAUAUAUAUAUAUAUAUAUAUAUAUAUAUAUAUAUAUACAGCCCCCAACUCAGAAAACUUUUUAGCAUCAAUCAAAGUUAUUUUUUGUUCUUCCGGAAAUUUUAUUUAACAGUCAAGAUUAGUACUUAAGAGAAGUGAGAAAAAGGAGAAAAAGGUGAAAUCUUUGGCAAGAUGAUGCUCAGGAUUCGUAGCAGAGAUGGGCUGGAGCGGGUCAAAAUCGACAACCCGAAUGCCACCAUCGAUCAUCUCAAGUCUUUGAUUGAAUCCGAGCUCCGGGUUCCAAUCCAAUCCCAAAUCCUCUCCACCAAUCAAAAUCUGUUACUGGCCAAAACCCUAGAAGACGUUGCCCGGUUCACUGACAUGUCCAAUCCUCGAACCCUACUUUCUUCCUUGAAUCUGACCCACGGCUCCAUUGUUUAUCUCGCCUACGAGGGCGAACGCACCGUUGCCGGAGCUCCGCCGGUUACGCCGGCGGGUUCGUUCGGGAAGAAGAUGACUAUGGACGAUUUGAUCGCCAAACAAAUGCGGAUUACCCGGCAAGAGAAUCCCCAUUGCGAGUUGAUUUCCUUCGAUCGAGAUAGCGCCAACGCCUUUCAGCAUUACGUGAAUGAAACUCUAGCUUUUGCAGUGAAGCGCGGAGGGUUAAUGUACGGAACGGUGUCGCCGGAGGGUAAAGUGGAGGUGAAUUUUAUCUACGAGCCGCCACAGCAAGGGACGGAGGAUAAUUUACUUCUUAUGCGGGAUCCGGACGAAGAACGAAUAGUGGAAGCACUAGCUUUGGGGUUUGGGAUGAGGAGAGUAGGUUUUAUAUUCACCCAAACGAUUAGUCAGGAUAAGAAGGAUUAUACCAUGUCGAAUAAGGAGAUUUUGCAAGCGGCGGAGCUCCAAGCAGAGGGUGAUCUGAAGGAAUGGGUUACAGCAGUGGUGAAGAUGGAGGUGAAUGAGGAGGAUGGGUCUUACAACGUGCAUUUUGAGGCGUUUCAGAUGAGUGACUUGUGUAUUAAGUUGUUCAAGGAAGAGUGGUUUGAGAAAGAGGUUGAAGAAGGAGCUGAUCCUAAGCUUUCUAAGAUGAACAAGGAUGUUGUCGUCGGUGGGAAGGAUACUAGGGAAGUUGAUAAUGAUUUCUUCUUGGUGGUGGUCAAGAUUGCCGAUCAUCAGGGUCCGCUUUCAUCAACAUUUCCAAUUGAGAACAGAAUGAUUUCCGUCACCAUGGGCGCGUUGAAAAGCCAUCUAAAUCAAUCAAAGAAUCUCCCCUAUUGGAAGCGAAUUGCUGAUUUCCAUCUCCUUCUCUUAGUAGCUAGGUAUUUGGAUGUUAAUGGCGAUGUACCUGCAUUAGCAGAGUGUGUAAGGACGCAGUCAGCUAUUCCUGAAGGUUACCAGCUCUUAAUUGAGUCAAUGGCUAGCACCGGUUGAUCAUCAUGUGCAAAGGCAGAACCACCAUUGGAUCUCCGAAUCUUUUUAAGGGAAUUUUAAUUUGGGUUCCAUGUCAAAAGGCUCGAGGUGGUUUGUGGAAAUGCUGCUGGGAAUGGUUUUAUAGGAUUGGAGUGGGGUGACUUCUUUAGUUGGAUGUACUCUGUAUUUAUAAGUUUUAUAAUUAAAUGCAUGCUAAAAAGGAAAUUAUGGUGAUUUAGUUGAUGAUGCCAUUGUUACCACCAUUCUUGUUUUGAGGAAAGCUCAAUUUCCUGAUGGUUAUUCUUGCUUUAAAGUGUAGCUUCGUAACACUCAUCUUAUAUAGCAUCAUUGAUGCACGGAAAUUUAUCUUCAAUUAAUAAUUCGUGUAAACUUUAUUUCCC